UUUCAAAAAUUCCAUCACUUCAUCAAAAGAAAAUGGCUGAAUUGUUAUAUUUUGCUUUUCUUUUUCAAUUUUUUCUGGUCGAAAUUUUUGCGAAAGAAAUUGGUAAUUAUAAUGGAACUUUAUACGGGCCUGUUAAAGAAGGAAAAAUUAUUGGUGGCCAAGAUGCUGAAGAAGGAGAAGUUCCUUGGAUGGUAUCGGUAAAGAAGUGGAGUAACGGGAAUAGACGUUAUGAACACUAUUGUGGAGGAUCAAUUAUUAAUGCACAAUGGGUUGUUAGUGCUGCGCAUUGUUUUCUUGAUCCAAGCAGGCCCCAGGAUUUGUUAUUGGUUGUUGGUACUAUCAAGAGAGACGGAGAAGGAGGAGACAAUUAUGAAGUGCAAUCGAUAAAAAAUCACGAAGAUUUUAAUCCUGAAAACUUUGAUAACGACAUUGCUUUGCUGAAAAUCAAAAACAAUUUUUUAUUCAAGAAACCUGUAAGAUCCAUUUUUUUGGGCACUGAAGAAAUGUGUAGAAAACCUGGCUUAAUGGGGAUCGUUGCCGGAUUCGGAAGAAUAGUAGAAGGAGAAUGUAUUUUUAAAGAGAAUUUACAAACUAUUGAAAUUCCAAUAAUCAGCAAUGACGAAUGUGAAAAAUGGUUCAAAAGCACGAAUUUGAAUGUUGUUAUCAAAAAUGAUAAAUUAUGUGCCGGAUAUAAAGAAGGAGGCAAAAAUUCCUGCAUUAAUGCACAAUGGGUUGUUAGUGCUGCGCAUUGUUUUUCUGAUCCAAACAGACCCCAGGAUUACUUAUUGGUAGUUGGUACAAUCAAUAUAGAUGGAGAAGGAGGGGACAGUUAUGAAGUGCAAUCGAUAAAAAAUCACGAAGGUUAUAGUCCUGACAACCAUGAUAAUGACAUUGCUUUGCUGAAAAGCAAAAGCAAUUUUUUAUUCAAGAAAUCUAUAGGACCCAUUUCUUUGGGCACUGAAGAAAUGUGUAGAAAACCUGGCUUAAUGGGAAUUGUUGCCGGAUUCGGAACAACAGAAGAAGGAAAACCUAAAGACAAAUUACAAACUGUUGAAAUUCCAAUAAUCAAUAAUAUAGAAUGUCAAGAAUGGUACAAUACCCCCAAGACUGAUAAUGUUGUUAUCAACGAUAAUCACUUAUGUGCCGGAUAUAAAGAAGGAGGCAAAGAUUCCUGCCAGGGUGAUUCAGGUGGACCCUUAUAUAUCCGAAAUGGAGAUGAAAGUUAUCAAUGCGGAGUUGUAUCUUUUGGUAUCGGAUGCGCCCUACAGAAUCGUCCUGGAGUGUACGCUAGCAUCGGAUACUUCAGAGACUGGAUUGACGAAAAUAUUCAGGAAAAUUCGUAGAUAAAUUUCACUUUCUGUUAAAACAUUCGCUGAUUUUUCCUGUGUCUAAUUGUCUAAUUUAAAAUUUAAGCAAUAAUAGAUUUCAGAGAAAUGUACUUUCAAUUAAACUUCUUAUCGCUAUUUUUUGGUGUUACUAUUAUUAUUUUCUCACU